GUCGUCGGACGUUUCGAUGUUUUAAAACGCGUGUCACGGACCACAAACUCCCUCUCAUCUCAACACACUACCACUCUACACAACCCACAGCCCACAGAACCUAACACACGAUUGGAGCCGUCCGAUCACGAUCGAACGACUCGAAUCGUGUUAAAAAAAGAUAGCCCUAGACCGCCUACUAUAAAUAGCAAGCCUCAAUUUCCGCGCCUACCCACCCUACGCCGCUGCCAGCGUCGCCCCUAGCCAAUCGGGCUCCGCCAUGUCGCCUCCAACAGCCCCCCACCAUAGUCCGCCUAGUCCCGGAUCUGGCCCGCGAAGCCCGAAUCGCCGCCGUGGCUCACCCGCAUGCCCGCGCGCCCUGCGUGCUCCCACAGGCAUGCCUCCCGUGCGCCGUGGAGCUGCCCCUGCCUCGAGCCGUCCGGAGCUCAGCUGCCCGCCGGACCAGCAGAUCGGUGCCCCGUGCCCCGCCGUCGUCUCCCUUUUAUUCUUCCUCUCCCCUCUCCCUAAUCCCGGUCUCCCUCUUGGUGUGCAGAUCCCGCCAUGGCCGCCCAGUGCCUCGCCGGCGCGCCGCUCGCCCUGUCGUGCUCGGAUCCGGUCAGGAGCCGCCAUAUCCGGCGGAUUCUCGCCAUGCCGCGCCCAUCCCGGCCUUCCCCGCACCGGGUCCACUCCGCCCUCGCCGCCCCUCGCUACCGUUGACCAGCCACCGCCACACGUGUUCGUCUGCGUGGAGACGAGCGAGCGCCCAUGCCGCUCGCUGCAGCGGUUGGCCCAGCCGCUCCCGCUGGCCUGCUCCCCGCGCCAGCCUCCAGCCGCGUGGCCCCGCCUCUCGCAAGGCCCAACCACCCGAUCCGCCGGCCAUCUUGCCUCCACCGACCUAGGCUCGAGGCCAGCAAUGUACAUGUAAAGCGAUACUUUGACGCAAGCGAGAUGAUUGUG